AUGAUAGCGCGGACAAACCAAGCGCUCAUGACGGAUAACCUCAUGAAGCUGUACCACGACGUAAUGGAGGGCGCGCUCUCGUGCUGGCUGGUGGAGCAGAAUUGUCCAUACAUCCUAUCCCCCUCACAGCUGGAGCGCUCCAGUCUCGGCGGCGACGCGCGAUGUCACGACCCGACGCAAAUUCAUCUCAACCUGCCCAACAGGAUCUACCGCCGCGUCUUCAAGCUGGAUAAAUCCCUCGUCUCGCUGGGUCUCAAACCUCUCAGCGUAUCCGAAGACCGGAGGGCCACGAAAGCGCUGCAUCUCGCCAUCAUGGCGUUCACGGCGCAGUGGGCGCAGGGAAGUCAACGGAGUCAAGCGCGGUACCAGAAGCCCAACGGCUUUGGGGAAUCAAUGCCGGGAACCGAACAGGAAUUCGACGCGGCGCUGCAGAUAUCCUUCUGGAACCAGGCGCAGCGGUGUCUGGACGAUUGUGCAGGGGUGGACUCGUUCAAGGUGGCCAUGGCGGAGCUCCUCUUUGGCCUGACGCAGAAGAACCAGGAGAGCGCGGAGGGGAUCGGCUGGGAGUUUAGCGAAGGGAUGGUCGGUCAGAAUCAGCUCGGGUACGAUUACGGCAGCGGAGACGGAAACGACUGGGAGGCGCCGGGCACGAAGGAAAAGGUGCAGACGGCGCUGGACGAGGAAGGAUACUCGCUCUACGUCGAGCGCGGCGCGCGGCGCCUGCACGUUCUCAAGCGCAGAUCUGAAAACUUUGAGAGGAGGAAACGCGUAAAGGCACGCGGCGCCAACGCGAGGGUCGAAUCCGUGGGAUGGAGUGGCUGCGGCGGAGAGGAUGCCUACGGCGAAGAAAAGGCGACAAUGAAGAUGCUCUUCUGGCUCGCCAUCAUGUUCGACACCCUAUCCUCCGCAAUCUCCGACAGACCGCCCGUCGUCUCCGACGAAGACAGCCGCGAGACAAAGAAGCAACACUCACCACCACCCAAAGACGAAGACGACGACACCACCACCACACACCCCACGCCCUUACCAGAAGGCUGGAACGACCAAUUCAUCAUCAAACGCCACCAGAAACUCGCGCCCUUGCGCUGGCCCUGCCCCACCGACACCUUUGAGCGCGAACUCCGCGACGCGGCGCCCGUCAAAGUCUUGCUGUUUCGCAAAAUCACGCGCAUCCAAGCUCUCUCGUCGCGCGGCUCCGCGUCACCGAGGAUCAUCGAGGACGCGAUACAAGAUGGGUUGGCGGUGUACCGCCACUGGAAUAUGAUGUACGGCCCGCUGUUCCGGGAUUGUAUCGAGCACCACGACGCGCUGCCGUCCAAGAUCCAGAGCUGGUAUAUUUGUCUGCUGGGACACUGGCUUCUUGCGGCGAUGAUGAUGGCGGAUUGUAUCGCGCUUGUGGACGAGCAGGGGCUCGGUAGCGCUUCGCGCGCCGCGGAGAGGGGGCAGAGCGGGCUGGUGGGCGAUUUGAGGCGCGCGAGCGUGCGUGAGGUGUCGGAUCUCGCGAGGGCGGCUACGCCGCAGCAUGACGAUGGCGGGUUGGGCGUGUUGUUGGAUUUUCAUCCGGCUGUGAAGGAGGGGGCUUUGCUUACGGAGCCGUGGACGAUGGUGUUGAUUAGGUCGUUUGCGAUGGCGGGGACGCUGUUGCUUGAGGAGGCGGGUGGUGGGUUGGGUGUUGGGGAUGAGGUUGUUGCGGAGGCGCUGGAUCGGUGUGAGGAUUGCGUCAAGGCGUUGUGGUAUCUGGGGCGCAAGUCGACAUUAUCGAGGCAGGUUGCUGGGAUCUUGGGGGCCGGGGUGCUUGCGGAACGGGCGAAGGGGUUGAGUGUUGAGGGCAUGGUUGGGAGUCAGGAUUCUUGGAGCGUUUUUGGGCCUGUGGAGAUUAUGUGA